CCAUCGGAAAGAGGCAGAAAGGCGGAGACUGAGCGCGUGGCCCCUGCACCCCGAUGCGAUUGAAGCCCAGAGUCGACGCCCCGCUGAAAAGGGCGAUAGGCUACGCUGCUGCCACUCCUCCUUGACUCACCUCGUCCAUCUCCUGCGGCUCAGCUUAGCCCAUUCCCAUCCUCCAUCGAUAUCAUUCAGACCUCGCUGCUGCUUGCUGCUCAUCAUGGAAACAGCAGAGGCAAAGAAGCAGAGGCGAGCUACUAGAGCUUGCGACCCAUGUAGAGGUCGCAAGAUUCGAUGUACAGGUGUCGAUACAGGUCAGAAUAAGUGCAAAAGCUCGACGAUGUCCCUGGACUGCACCUUUGAUGUGCCAAUAAAGCGGCCACUCCCAUCGGGUCAAGUGGAGGAAUUGCAGGCCAGGAUCGCCUUUCUCGAAGCACAGCUUGCCGGACGCAACCUUCCCUCUCAGCCUGGCCAGACUCGCCAUCCACCAGACCAAUCGGAAGACGCCGACGAUGACGACUCUGCUUCGGAUUCAUCCUCCUCUUCCUCACGCUCACAGGCACACUCUAGCGGAAUCGCCUUCAUACCCAGCUAUAUACCCACCAGCGACGUCGAUCGGACAUGUCCAGGCGGCCUCCCCGGCGUCGACGAUCCCAACCCGUCCCCUGCAGAUGAGGCUAGCGUUCAGGAUGCUGCCCCACGCAGCGCCUACGGUCACCUCGGCUCCAGCAGCGUCAUCUUUCCACUUGCAGCAGCCAGACAGAUACCUCGAACGUACAAGUCCAUUGGUCUGCAGAUGGCAGAUCAAUUGCGGAAAAGGGUGCGAUUGGAACAUUGGCAGUGGGAUUGCAGCCCUGUCGAGGCCGAGCUGGACAAGGAUCCGCAUUGCUUUUGGCCAAGUGAAGAAGAAGCGAAAGAGCUCUUCGAUGCCUUCUUCGAAGCAAAAGGAGCCGCGGGUCCAACUAUGGGUAUAGAUGACGCCGUUGUGCGCAAAGAACACGCCAUCGGGCCAACAGGCGGAAUCUCGAAGGUACGAGCGGCACGAAUUUAUGCCAUAUGUGCUCUGGGAGCCUGGCAUUGCCAGCUAGGUCUGGAAGUCGUCAACAACCGACCCUAUCUGGCUGGCUUACACUGGUCGCUAGCCAGUCAAAGACUCCUCUUAACUCUUGGCAAACGCUAUGAUCAGCUUGCCGACGCCAUCGAAAAAGCUCAGUGCUAUAUCCUGCAAGCGUCCUUUGCAUCGACUCGGCCUAUGCUGAUACAGAACAGCUGGCACGUCGCUGGAGACGCGAUCCGAGUCCUUGUGGACUGUGGUAUGCAUCGCAAAUCUGUCCUGCAGGAGCUCACCGGCAAGGCCGAUGAACGGCGUAGGACUUUUUGGGCAUGUUACACCAUUGAAAAGAUCAUCACAAUGGUCAUGGGUCGGUGCUCAAUGCUAUCGAGUCAAUUGUUCGAUGCCGAGCCGCCAAAAGAAGACGAAGAUCCAGCGCAGUGGUGCGAGAUCGAGGCUAUGAUGCUGACAGAAGACAUUAUGAGAGCUAAAUAUGCCUACCGAGGGUCACCGCCAUCGAACAAGAGCCUCAGGAAGAUCGAGACGAGGCUCGAGAACCUGCACCGUCACUUGAAUUCCUACAGGAGCGACAGCAGCUUGAGGGUGGCGGUCCAACGUCUUCAGAUCAUGGUUGACUCCGUCGAGCUGCUGUACCUGGCUCCCGACAUACUAGCGCCAGGACCAACUCCAACUUCUGCUCUGGACACAUUGGAGAGAAAUCUGCGUCGGACUCUCGAAACUGAUUUGGCGAUUUGUAAGUCACACGUCAACGCAUUCUAAACUGUCGCCUCUGCAGCCCGCAGUACUAAUCCUCUUCCAUUGCUUUCGCAGCGCAACAUGACCCCUUUACCGGCUCCCUGGCCUCCCGAGCCAUAGUCCUCUCACAUGUCAUGUCAAGGCCUCAUCAGCCCGACAAUGUCCGCAAACGCUUUGCAACCUAUAGCACUCGGUCUCUCGGCUGGCUGAGAAGCUUGGAAGCCAGGUUCAUGCACGCAGGCAAAGUGGGAGACAUGCUCGUCUUGCCCCUCGUGGUGGAGCAAGAAGAGGAAAAGGCCGAAGGCAUCGGCGCUGUU